AUGGCUGUCGGAAAGAAUAAGCGUCUCUCUAAGGGCAAGAAGGGUUUGAAGAAGAAGACCUUGGAUCCCUUCACCCGUAAAGAUUGGUACCAAAUCAAGGCACCAUCUUCAUUCCAAAUCAGAGAUGUCGGAAAGACCCUUGUCAACAGAACCACCGGUCUCAAGAACGCCAACGACUCGUUGAAGGGAAGAAUCGUCGAGGUUUCUUUGGCCGAUUUGCAAAAGGAUGAGGACCACGCUUUCCGCAAGGUUAAGCUCCGUGUCGAUGAGGUUCAAGGAAAGAACUGCUUGACCAACUUCCACGGUCUCGACUUCACAUCAGACAAGCUCAGAUCUCUCGUCAGAAAGUGGCAAUCCUUGAUCGAGGCCAACAUCACCGUCAAGACCACCGACGACUACCUCCUCCGUCUCUUCGCCAUUGCUUUCACCAAGCGCAGACCUAACCAAAUCAAGAAGACCACAUACGCUGCUUCUUCCCAAAUCAGAGCCAUCCGCAAGAAGAUGACCGAGAUUAUUCAACGUGAGGCCAGCACUUGCACCCUCACUCAACUCACCGCCAAGCUCAUCCCAGAGGUUAUCGGUCGUGAGAUUGAGAAGGCAACCCAAGGCAUCUACCCAUUACAAAACGUUCACAUCAGAAAAGUCAAGCUUUUGAAGGCACCCAAGUUCGACCUUGGUGCUCUUCUUAACCUCCACGGCGAGUCAAACACAGAUGAGCAGGGUCAAAAGGUUGAGAGGGAAUUCAAGGAGAAGGUGUUGGAGGAAGUAUAA